AUGGCGCCGUCAGCCCAGGCUCACGGCCGGUCUCACAGCCUGCUUCUAGGCCAGAAGCUGCUCAACCUGAGAGACAGCGCCAGCCCUCUGACGUUGAUCCUGGAUACCCUUGAGCAAGGAGCAGGGCCACUAGUCCGAGAGUUCGCAACGCGGGCCAAGAUUGGGCGAACCAAGGUCGUCUUUGUAUCGUUCGCCACCGUUAGGAAGCCCCGUGAUGCAGACGUCUUCGUGAGGGGCAGAGGCAAGGCCCUCGGUAACUUGAGGUCGGAGAUAGCCUCACAUUGCCCCCCGCCAGCCGCUGCCGCGAGCAGGGAUGCACCUGCACAGACACAGAAAGUCCUAGUCGUCAUCGACUCCCUGAACCCCCUGGCUGCAUCACACCCCAGGUCUCUAUCGGCGUUCCUAUCAAGCAUAGUGACCCCGGCCGCAUCUGUCGUUGCAGUCUACCACACCGAUGUGCCCCUGGUCCGGCCGGCGAGCGAGUAUGAGCCACACCCGCUGGACGUCUUGUGCCACCUCGCCACGGCGAUAUGCCGCGUCUCAAGCCUGUACCAGGCCAUCGAGAUACGGCGUGCCCAGAACAGGAGCCUCGAGGAGCCCGAGUGGGGCCUCAGAGAGGGCCGUGAGGGUGUGCUCGUCGGCAUGGAGACCGAUGAGCACGGGGCCAAUGCCCACGGGAUCGUGCUCGAGAUGGAGCUGCGGAGGCGCAGCGGCCGAUCGGUCGCGGAGAAGUUCGUCCUCUGUCCAGGGAAUGGCAAGGUAGUAGGGGGAGGUCUGGCAGGGACCUCUGAGCUCUCUCUCCUCUCGGACCAGCCUUCCUUCCGCGUGCCCACGGAUGCGGGCCCGGAGGGCGGGGCGGACGACGAGAACGAGGCCGAUAUGGGGGCGACGUUCAGUCUCGGCUUGACGGAGAAGCAGAAGCGAGACCGCGAGGGCGUGCAGCUGCCGUACUUUGAUGCGCAGACGGACAUUGGCGGUGGUGAGGGUGGGAGAAUUCUGUACGACAUUGGGCGCGAGGAUGAUUUUGACGAGGACGAGGAUGAGAUCUAG